GCUUUAUUGUAACCAUGAAUUUACAGAAAUUUUCCAACGAUUUUCCAUCUUUAGUUUAUUUAGUACGAAAUAAUUCAUAUCCAGUACAUUCAGAUUAUACCACAUUUAUGUCAAGAUUAAAAACAUAUAACUCAUAUUCAUCUACUUCAUGUCAAAAUAAAUAUUCGUUAGCUGAAUCUGGUUUAAAAUAUAGCGGUGUAGGUGAUAUAGUUGAAUGUUUUUUCUGUGGACUUGUCUUACAAAAAUGGUCAAACGAUGAUAUACCAUGGGUCGAACACGCAAAAUGGAAUCCUAAAUGUAUAUUUGUAUUACUAUGUAAAGGAAAUGAAUUUAUAGAAAAUGUAAAAAACGAAUAUGUAAAAGCUAGCCAUGUUUGUGAUUUUAUUACAUUUAUUUCUAUUCGUUUUUAAAAAUUAUCAUCAGAAAUCGUCUAUAUCAAAAAGAUCACGUCGUCAUACAAUAUGAAUCCAUCAAUUGUUGUCGCAAAAUCAAUAUUCAG